AUGCCCCAAUUCUAUCAUUUUGGAUUUGAUAAAGCUCCCAAUCUUGAAGGGUCUAAGGCUCUGGAUAGGAUUAAGAGAUCUCAUAAAAAGGCUUAUGAUCUUGAGCAAGCUGAUCUGAGACCUCUCAGGUUUCCUAAUUUUAUUAGCCUACGAGAUAUAGUUUCUAUCAGUGGAUUCGACACAGUAACGUUGCAUGGCAGUGAAUCGAAAGAUGGCGGCAGCACGUUGACCAGCCUUGAAGAAUACUCUCAAUUUAACGGCGAGAAUUACGAGUUCAAACAUUAUAUUACCCUUAAUUUAUUUCACGAUGAUACUGACCCGAUCAAAUCUCUUCUCACGGUUGGAGUCGAAGGUCUUCCAGAAUGUCUUAUUCAUUCGAAUUAUCUUACGGACGAUCUACUGACUUAUACCAUGAAUGAGCUACUCACAUCAGUUCCAGUCAAAGUGAAUGACGAAAGUGUGCAUCUCAACACCAAAUUCAGCUGGACUGCGCUUAACAACGACAUCAUCAACUCGAAAAUAAUAUUUAUUGAAUUUCAUGACCUCUUGACUCUGUACUUAUUUGAUAAAGUGGUGAACAGCGAGAAUAUAAAGGUCCGACUGAAGCAGACCGCGCGCAUGGCAUGUGAGAAGCUGGCCGAGAACAUUGAGAUUACAGAAAUUGACUCUUCCAAGUUCAAUGAGCGAUUAAGUCAGAUCGAAAAACAUGAGGCUUUGCGAAAAAGGGGGACGCAAACGGUCAAUGGACAGGGCCAGGUUUAUAUGGUGGAUCCCAAAGAUCUCGAAGACGUUCCUCCAGAUAUGCUUGAUUUGGUCAAGCAGAAUGUGAUCAACUUUAGAAUGAGAGUUUUGUACCUGGAAAGCCAGAAGAAACAGCAGCAAAUGAUUAGGGACAAACAGUUGAGCAAGAUGAAGUUGCGUAGAAUGCUGCCUGCUCGCAAUGAUAGAAAUGAGGACGAGUCUGAUGAAGAGUUACAGGAUGAUGGAAUUGACGAUGAGGAAUUUAAGAAGCAACAGGAGACACAGGCACAGACAAGGGCAGAAAAAACUUUCUUGAUGCGGAUACAGCAGACGCGAAAGCGCGACGAGGCUCGCCUGAAAUCCAUAGAAGCUUUUCACAAAAAUAUCGAACACCAUGCGUACGAAACGGAAUAUGUUGUCAACGCACGGAAGCGCUUCCUGGACAGUUUUGUUAGCGGCAUUAAGGAUGCUUCGAAUAAGAUCGAUCAGAAUUUCAGUUACUACGUGAACCACAGCAAUUAUCUUGCUUUCCGGAGCAAAAAGAAACAAGACGAGGAGCGAAUGGACGCUAUAGACAGAGACGAGGAAGCCAAGGAACGUGAUGCAACCGCCGAGCAAGAUGAGUUCAUGGCCUCGUUCACAAGCAAGCCGGUCAAGAUUUCACUUCGUAAGAAGGAAGAGGCGCCUACUCUAUCGGAGGACCAGGUGGACAAAGUCCGGCGCAAAGCAGAAGAGGUUCUUGAAGAGUUUCUGGGUGUCAGAGAGGAGUCAUUGGUUGACUUCAUUGUCAGUUUCGUUUCAAACAAUUACCACCGUGGCACGGACAAUGAAGAGUAUCGCGCAUUUGUGUCAGAGUUGGCCGAGACUUUGGAUGAGGACGCAGAAACUGCUGUGGACCAGGUGUAUAAAUGUAUAACGUAA